AUGAGCAGCACGUUUGUGACCCUAGCUGAAGUGUUGGAGGCUAGAGGAGGACCACUGGAGGAGGAUGAGGUCUGGGUCCUACUGCUUAUGUCUGCUGAAUCAUUGCAGGAUCUCUUUGGCACAGGUCAUAGCAACAUCUGCAGCAUCAUAAGUCCGACAUCACUACUCUUGUCUGCGAAUGGUACACUAGCAUUUAAGAACUGCACAAUCACGGAUGAGGCGUGUGCCUUCACUGCACCAGAGAUGCUGCAGGGCCGUGUUAUCAGCACCAGAAAGGCUAUGGAGAAGAUGAUUGUAUACUCUCUUGGUAUGACUCUCUAUUGGUCAGUUGACUAUCACAUUCCUCAAAACCAACCUGUUCAGCUGAGUGAUUCUCUGAACUCCCUCCUCCUGAGCAUGUGUGAUGAUGCGGCCCAUCGGCGAGGGAACCUCAGCACCAUCCUAGAGGCCUGUGAAUCACACGAUAAAGCCUCAAUCCUGCGACCACCCAACAAAGUCAUCCAACGGCUGGUGGAAGAGCUCUUCCAAAACUCUGUUAGCCAACCCACUCUCACAGAGAACACAGUGCAGUUAAGUGGCAGAAGUUUGAUGGUCAGAGAAAGACUUCAUGGAAAACGGAUAAUGUACCCUGGAUAUGCACAAGGGGAUGCAAAUGCAGCAGAGAGACUUUCAUUUGACUCAGAGCUGAAACAGGGAGCUGUAAAUCAACAGAAAUUCUGGUCCCUCAAGCACAGAUGCUCACAGAUGCCUGCGUACCAAAGCAUUCAGAGCAGAAUUCAACACGGUGCUCAUCAUAGUGGAGGUGUAAACAGUUGGCCGUCAAGGAAUUCAUACCAUAACACGCCCUGCAAAACUGAACACAGACUUUCCAAUCCUUCUCUUCCUCUCAGCGAGUCUAGAAUCAGCCUCAGCCAAAGGAAAACAAAAACUCUAGGACCUGAGUUUAUAAGAAUGGCUGAUGCGCCUCAAAUUAUUUUAGAGCUGCCUGGAUCUAUAGUGUCAAAGAAAGGAAGGUCUUCCUUAUCCCAGAGGGAAGUUAUUGUGAUGAUGCCAAAUGCACAGUGUGUGGUGGUGAGGUGUGAUAUCAAGUCAAGGGGAAGAGAUGUCUUUGACAUGGUCGUCGCUCAUGCAAACCUUGUGGAGCAUUUUUACUUCGGCCUUGCUUUCAUGGAUGAUGAUGAAUUUUUCUUUUUGAACCAUGAGACAAAAAUCUCCAAAGUGGCACCAGAUUGUUGGAAGAAAGUAGCAACUUCGACAUUCACCCUGUUUCUCCGCAUUAAAUUUUUUGCUGAUGAUGUCUCCUAUAUAUUGCACAAACUCACACGUCAUCAGUACUAUAUCCAGCUGAGGAGAGAUAUUUUGGAAGGCAGAGUGGACUGUAAUGAGGACACUGCCAUGUUCCUUGCUGCCUUGGCUCUGCAGGCUGAGUUUGGAGACUAUAUACCAGAGGUGUAUGGAAAGACCUACUUCCAGAUGGAACACUACAUUCCAAAAAGACUGAUGGAAAAAAUGGCCUUGUCCGGUGUGAGGGAUGAGUUGGCAACAUUACAUGCCAGUAAUGCAAAUAUGCUUCCAGAAGAUGCGGAGAUAGAAUUUUUAAAGAUUGCACAACAGCUGCAGGAAUACGGGGUGCUGUUUCAUCGGGUUGCUCGAGAGAAGAAGCUUGCCAUUGGAGAACUCAUCCUUGGAGUUUGUGCUAAAGGGAUUAUGGUUUAUGAAGUCAAGAACAACUGUCGGAUAUUAAUCCGCAGAUUUCAGUGGUCUGAAACCGACAGUAUUUCCACAAGUUGGCGGAAGUUCACUGUGGAAUGUGGACCCAGUGGGAAAAAGCACUCCUUUGUAACUGAGGGUUCCAAGAUAGCACAAUACCUCCUGGAUCUCUGUUCUGCUCAGCACAAAUUCCACAGUGAGAUGACCUCUCGACAGCUCACCUACAGUUCAGUAUCAGAUGGCAACAAAGUGAACCAUCCUUGGAUAUGGCAUGCUCGACAAAACCUGUUGAAGAGGAUGUCAUGUUCCGAAGUUGGGCUCAACAAUGUUGGUCUGGGAAUUUCAUCUAUGAACUCCAUAAGCAAGUCAUGCGAUGACCUUUCAGUUAAGAUCCAUCAGUCAAAAGACCUGCAAGAAACACAUGACAGUGCAGGAAUAAGAGACCUGAGUGAAAUAAGGAAACCAAGACAGAGCUGCAGCUCCCCAGAGCCCUUUAAUUCUCCAAUUUACCGGAUCAUGUCAAAUGUCUCCCUGCAAAAGCAAGACUCUGAGCCCCACUCAGUCUCAUCCAGAGUCGGCACUCCUGUUAGAACGCCACCAGAAAGAGAAAUUAUCUGUGUUACAUUGAAGAAAGAUCCAAAACACGGCUUUGGGUUUAUAAUAGUUGGAGAGGACAAUACAGGAAAAUUAGAUCUUGGAAUCUUCAUUGCAUCUAUCAUACCUGAUGGGCCAGCUGAUAAAGAUGGCAGAAUCAGGCCAGGUGGACGACUGAUUUCUCUUAAUAAGACCAGUCUGGAAGGAGUAACUUUCAGUGCAGCUGCUGCCAUCUUACAGAACAGCCCAGAUGAAAUGGAGCUUAUAGUGUCUCAACCAAAAUAUGAGUUUGGGGACCGUAAAAGCUCUCUGACCGCUGCCAACUUAGGGCUGAUGCUGGAGAGAGGCUUUGACUCUCGGAUUACCCACAAUGCAGAGCACAAGACAGUGAAGGAGGACACAGACACCAACACUGUCAUACCCAAAAUGGGAAGAAAGCUACAUAUCCCUGUUGUACGAAUUCUAGAUACUAAGGACACAUUCUCGAGGUCAUCCUCUAAGUCCAGUCUCAGGCCAGGAGACCUGGUCUGUGUGGAGCUCAAGAAAGUCAAUGGCAGUCUGGGCGUCUGUGUUGCUGGUGGCAUCAAUACCAGUGUGCGCCAUGGAGGGGUCUAUAUCAAAAGCCUGAUACCCGGAGGAGCUGCCGAUCUUGAUGGUCGAAUACAGACUGGUGAUAGGCUACUGGAGGUGAAUGGCUAUAACCUGCAAGGUGUCACCCACAAGCAAGCUGUGGAGUGUUUGAAAAAAACUGGAGAGGUGGUGUCCCUUCUUCUAGAACGGGAGCCUCCUCUGGUGAUGGAGACCUCCAGCUCCUCUUCCACGAUGGAAAGACAGAGAUCUUUAUCAUCCCUCAGCGCACAGGGCACCAGCACCCCCAUUGGAAAAGACAGUACCAUGGAAACGCCCUUGUCUGUUAGGGCCAAGGACUACAGCUUUGUGUCAGACGAGAACACUCUGGAGAUUACUCUAGAAAAGAAACUGAGUGGUUUGGGCUUUACCUUCCUCAUCAGUGACAUUAGCCCUAAAGAAGGAAGCGUAGUGCGGAUUAGGAAACUGUUCUCGGGCCAGUCAUCUGAAGAAAGCAGCCCCCUCAGGGAGGGAGAUGUCAUCCUGAUGGUUAAUGGAGAAUCCGUGAAAGGACUUUCCUAUCAGAAAAUUCUACAGCUGCUGCGGGGAACACCAUCUGAGCUCAAGCUGUUAAUCUGCAGACCUUCACCUGGCCAACUUCCAGAGAUGGACUCCAGCUCACUGAGUCCAUCCCCACUGCCGAGUAAAAAGCAGAGAUCUCGAUCUUUAGACCUGCGGGUGGAGUCUGUUUGUCCGGACUUCAGUGAAAUGUUCCAACAAAAGACCACAGCACUAUGCCAGAGGAAGGACUGCGCUUCACCAAAACCCCAUACUGUCCAAUUAAUUCAGCAGAAACAGGAUAGCGAACAAGACGAGACACCAUCUACCCUGUCAUCUCCACCAUCCCCACCAUCUACUGAUGGACAGCAAGAAGAAAAUCCAGAUGAGGAGGACGUUCUCUCCAGCACUUCUUAUUCUCAAACGCCACCCACACUUAUAACAACAACUCCAAACCCUGUACAACCUCCACUCAUGCUAACCCCUUCUCCAACAUGCCCAAACCCAGAGCCAGAAGUAAAAAAGGACAUGUCCUCAAAAAGCAACCAUCGCUCAGUUAUUAGCAGUGAGCUCACUGAGGAUUUGGAUGAAAGCAGAGCAUGCUUCAUGGCCAAUGGACUGGAUGUCUUAGCUGAUGAAGAAUACCUGACCAUUACCACCACUGCACUUAGUCCUCCAAUCUGCAGCACUGCCUCUGCUUUGAUCCCUUCUACACCUUCUCCAUUACUUCCCUCACCUCCUCCACAUACCAGUCCAUCAGUAACAACAAACUCACCCCCUGCUCCAGCUCAGCCCACUUCAACAAUCACCAACAAUGACUGGGAUGAUGAAGAGGAGGAGGAGGAUGACGAAGACCACAGAAGGGAAGUGUUUAAGGAGUUUGAGCUUACAGUAACCCUUACUAAAUCCAGAAAUGGCAGUUUUGGGUUUACUAUCACGAGGAGUAAAUUGGACAAUUGCUAUUACAUACAGGAAGUCUUGGAUAAUCCAGCCAAGGCAGAUGGCCGGCUCAGAGCAGGAGACAGGCUAAUCAUGGUGAAUGGCCACUAUGUGACCAAUGUGUCUGAUGAAGUGGCCAUGACUAUUCUGAGAUACUCCCCUAAAAGACUCCACAUGGUGUUAGGCAGAGCUGUACAGAACCUCCUGCCUCCUCCACCACCCGACAGCCUUCAGGACAUUAUCAUACACAAGACCACUUCUGGACAACUGGGUAUUAAGCUCAGAGGUGGCAUUGGCAGUAAAUGGCAGGGGAUUUAUGUUCAGGAAGUGGUGCCAAACUCACCUGCCAGUGAGGAGGGCAGUAUUCAGCCAAAUGACAGAAUUGUCUACAUCAGUGGCAGGUGCACCUUGGGAAUGACGCUAGAAGAUGCUGUGAAGACCUGUGAACAUGCUUCAUACAAAGUCAAACUCAAAGCCAUGAGAGAUGAUCAACCUGUGACACCCAAAAUGAAAUGGAAUGGUUUCUUCGAUUGGAAGAAAGAAAAGAGGUUCAUCCCUCACUCUGAGGAGCCUCGGUCAUCCGAUGUGGAGGCUGCUGCUGAUGUUAAACUAAUGGCUGAAAAUGCUGAAGGAUUCAGGCCAGUGCCCUCUGUAACCUCCCAGCAGGAGAGCUGUAUUCUUCAGCUGGAGUUUACUAAACCAGAGAGAGGUGGGUUUGGCUUUUCUCUGGUGGGUGGAGUCAAUGGCAGCAGUCUGCAAGUGAAGGAUAUCUGCUGUGGGGGUGUGGCUGAGCAGGAUGGCCGUCUGCGUGUGGGAGACAUCCUCCUGGAGGUGAAUGGUGUGAUUGUGUCAGGAUUGAGCCACGUUAAGGUAGUCGAUAUUCUGAGGAGAGCAGAGGGGGCAGUUCAACUGACUGUAUACAGAGACAUUUUCCCCAUCACUUCCUGCACUGGUUCAAGUUCCUGUCCUGAAGACCCUCAAGAACACACUAAAGUAAGCUCACUUCUAGAGGUGCAGGAGGAUCAUUUGGCAUUUCAUUCAUCCGGGUGUCCUGGAGUAAAGAUGGAAUGCGAUCAGGAUAGUGGAAACUGUACACCUACUUUUCAGGGUUGUUGCCCAACUCUGAGUGUCGCAGAUAUGCUACAGAGCAGGACAGAUCCCCAGACGCAAAAUCAAGAAAAUUCUGGCAAAAUCAUGGAGAAAAAUUACACAAACAGCUGGAGCAGUGAUGAUGAUGAUGAUGAUGAUGAUGAUGAUGAUGAUGAUGACGACACUUCUCAGCCUUCCUCUACAGAAACAACACCACACACAGGUCCGCCUAUUGUGUCAGAGGAGGAACUGACCAGACUUGCCCUGAUCAGCUCACCUAUGAAUGGCCAGUACUCAGGGUCCAGACUCCAAAGUCUUAUUCAAAAUCUUCAGAAUCAACUGGAUCAGCAUGACCUUGUCAAAGAGUUUCUGACAUUAGGACAUCUGACACCCUCAGAUAACUGCCUGGUUGGAAAAGCACCAGAGAACCGAGAGAAGAACCGAUACAGAGAAAUCCUGCCCUAUGAUAAGACACGAGUUCCUGUGGGAGAGAAACAGGACUACAUUAAUGCCAGCUACAUUCGGAUGAAGGUUGGCCCAGAUGAGUUUUUCUACAUCUCAUCACAGGGACCUCUACCCAACACUCAGGACUGCUUCUGGCAGAUGGUUUGGGAGAACAAAUCUGACAUCAUUGCCAUGAUGACCCGGGAAGUGGAGCGCGGCAGAAUCAAAUGCCACAAGUACUGGCCUGAGAAACGUGAUGUUCCCAUAGAAACUAGCCACUACCAGUUGAUCCUGGACAACUAUCAGAAACUAGACUACUUCCACAUCAAGGUCAUCAAGAUGGUAGAGAAAGAGACUGGAGCCACACACUUUGUGAAGCACCUGAAGUUCACCACAUGGCCGGACCACAGCACGCCUUGCUCUUCUAAGCAGCUAGUGCACUUUAUCCGAUACAUGCGUGCAGUACACUUAAACGGGCCCAUCACAGUGCACUGCAGCGCAGGCAUAGGCCGGGCCGGCGUCCUCAUCUGCACUGACAUCAUCCUCGGCCUCAUAGAGAGGGACCUCACUAUUAAUGUUAGUGAGAUUGUGAAGGAGAUGAGGCUCCAGCGCCACGGAAUGAUCCAAACCAAGGAACAGUACGUCUUCUGUUACAAAGUGUGGCUGGACGUGCUGCAGAGCAUCUCCCUUCUUCAUGGCAACCAGUGGCAAUCAGAAACCCCCUUGUGAAUGAGUGAAUGAGUUCUGGCUUUUUUCCACGCUAAGUUAUUCCACAGUUUCCUCAGUGGGGCGACAGCUCUCAUCUGUUUGAACGGUGUUGAAAUACUGUUAUAUGAAGUUAAUCAUGUGCACUGAGUUUGAGUUUCAGUGCUGUUCUGAUCGUUUAGUAUUAAAUAUAUGGCACAGGAAGCACACUAGACAUUUUCAUCAACUGUGUUAUGACCUUGUAUGACUCGAUUUAUAUCUUCACCUACCAUGUAUAACUCAAAGCACAGAUUUC